AUGUCGGAAUUUGUUGCGGACGACGAGAUCCAAUAUCCCUCGGGGUUUGGAUUAGGCGACGUCGUCGGCUGGGGAACUACCGGCAUGGUUGUUCUUGACAAGUCCUCCAAUACUGUUGUUAAGGUACCCUUCGACCAUAACAACGAGGAGUGCAUUUUACGCAUGCAGAGAGAGCGCGACGUGUACGAAAGAUUCACACAAUGCGGCGGCCAUGAAGGGCUCUUGUCUUACCAUGGCGUCUUCGAGUCGGGCAUCCGCUUGGAGUACGCCCCUCAUCACAACCUGCGGUUGCACCUCGGAGCCAGCAACAUCAGUCCUGCGCAGCAGCUACGGUGGGCCAUUCAGAUUGCAGAGGCUAUCAAGUUUGUCCACGACGCCGGCGUCAUCCAUGGAGACUUAACAUGCGCAAACAUCUUCCUAGAUGCCUACCUCAACGCAAAGGUAGCCGACUUUGCCGGGCCGUCAAUAGAUGGCUCCCCACUGCUAGUUGUUGUUACCGAGAGCCACGAAAUUCCAGGGCCUCGCCUGUCCGUCCAGGCCGAUCUAUUCGCGCUCGGCAGUGUGCUUUACGAAAUCAUGACCGGUCACCCUCCUUACGAAGGAUUGGACGACGCAGCGAUCCGUGCCCUGUAUCUGAAUCGGAAAUUUCCCGAGACCGCAUCCCUUGGUGCAAUUGGGACCAUCAUCGAGCAGUGCUGGCAAGGCAACUAUUCUGGGGCUGAAGCAGUUGUCGAGAAGCUGCGAGGUAUUGCUUCCAUCUGA